ACAAAACACUCGUCGCUGUCCGCCAUGUUGUGUUCAGAACGCACAUUUAAGGGAUUAUUUCGGUGCGUGUCUGGAGACAGAACAUUUAAAGGUCAGGAAUGAACCUGAUAUCAUCCGGAAUGGGAUCAACGGAUCUGGUUUAGUCUCUCAGACCGAUCUGGAAUCAUUUGGACGUACGGACGCAAAAAAAAAAAAAAAAAAAAAACGUAUAGGAAUAUAAUUUAUUUGGCAUCAUCAUAAUCCUCUUUUUAUUUAAUUUUGGGCGUUUAUUUGGAUUUCCAUGCAUUCACAACCCUGGGCGGGAUUUAUAUUCGUGUGUUCUGGAAUGAAGAUCAUGCCAGUGGUUAUAUAAAUAUUCAGAUUUAUUAAAACAGAGCCCGAAUCAUCAUGAAAAUGGAUUUUCAACAUGCAUCUGAACAUGAGAGAUUUUUCAAUAUCCAUAAGAGAAAAGUGAUUAGUUCUAUAGGUUUGUAGGGUGCUGUUACAGUCCACAGUUUCCUUUAUAAUACAGUAUGUUUUUAUUAUUCAUGUUUGUUAUUUCACCUAUGCAAAGAGAAACAGACACACUGAGCUUGUGUUUGUGGAUUUGUCAUAUCUCAGCAACACUAAACCUCUCUUACAGACUUACACACUGAUCUGUGACUGUUUGCUCACAAAUAAAUGCUUUUGGCAAAAUUAAAACAUUAAUUUCAGAGGAUUAUCAGCCUGCAGAGUUGAUUGGAUUUGUUGUAGUGCUAAAAUGAGGACUGACACCAAACUGGCCCUGGCCAUACUCCUGGUAUCCUGUUCAUCAGGAGCAAUUCUCGGUCGCUCAGAGACGCAGGAGUGUGCGUUUUAUAAUGCCAACUGGGAGAAAGAUGGAACAAACCAGAGCGGAUUUGAGCUGUGCUAUGGAGAGAAGGACAAACGGCGACACUGUUUUUCCACGUGGAAGAAUCACUCCGGAAUAAUCGAGUUGGUCAAACAGGGCUGCUGGCUUGAUGACGUCAACUGCUACGACAGUAGUGAGUGUGUGGAGCAUAAAGUGAACCUUGACGUGUUCUUCUGUUGCUGUGAGGGAAACAUGUGCAAUGAGAAGUUUCACCACAGUCCAGACACAGUUGAGACCACAUCAAACCCUGUGAGCCCACAGCCGGAGUUAUUUCACACACUACUGUUCUCCCUGAUCCCUGUCAUGGCCGUCGCUGUCGUUCUUUUCAUCUCGUUCUGGAUGUAUCGUCAUCUUAGGCUGUCUUACCCGCCUUUGCUCGUCCCAUCACAGGAUCCUGGUCUUACGCCUCCCUCCCCGUUACUGGACCAGAAGCCGCUGCAGCUGCUGGAGGUGAAGGCUAGAGGACGCUUCGGCUGCGUUUGGAAGGCACAACUACUGAACGGACACGUGGCUGUCAAAGUCUUCCCGGUUCAGAAUAAGCAGUCGUGGCAGAACGAAUAUGAGAUUUAUAGUACGACUGGAAUGAAACAUGAAAACAUCCUGCAUUUCAUCGGAGCAGAAAAACGAGGGAGUGGAGUCGAUAUUGAACUCUGGCUAAUCACUACUUAUCAUGAGAAGGGCUCGCUAACAGAUUUCCUGAAGGCGAAUGUAGUGUCCUGGAAUGAGCUGUGUCUGAUCUCGCAGACGUUUGUGCGCGGGUUAGCGUAUUUACACGAGGACGUACCCAACCUGAAGGAUGGACACAAACCUGCCAUUGCACACAGGGAUAUCAAGAGUAAGAAUGUGUUGUUGAAGAGUGAUUUAACCGCCUGUAUCGCUGACUUCGGCCUGGCGCUCAAAUUUGAAGCAGGAAAAUCGACAGGUGACACACACGGACAGGUGGGCACGUGGCGCUACAUGGCUCCAGAAGUGUUAGAAGGGGCGAUUAGUUUCCAGCGCGGUGCGUUUCUCAGAAUCGACAUGUACGCUGUAGGUCUGGUGCUGUGGGAACUCGCCACGCGUUGUACAGCGGCCGACGGUCCAGUGGACGAGUUCUGUCUGCCGUUUGAAGAGGAGGCGGGGAUUCAUCCGUCACUCGAGGAAAUGCAGGAAGUCGUAGUGCACAAGAAACUCAGACCAGCAUUUCGAGAACACUGGCUCAAACAUACGGGUCUGGCGACGCUUUGUGAGACGAUAGAAGAGUGUUGGGACCAUGAAGCCGAGGCGCGUCUGUCCGCCGGCUGCGUGGAGGAACGCAUCAUCUCAAUGCAACGCAACACCAACCUCAUCGACCCUGACGACAUCCUCUCCGUCGUCACCAUGGUUACCAACCUGGAUUUCCCCCCCAAAGAGUCCAGCCUAUGAUACUGUUCUCUCAGCCAAUCGUAAUGCAGCGUGUGAGAGACAGCUGACUUCAAAGACUUCUGACGUGCAAAACAAGAGAAGAAAUGUUUCAAACGAACACACGCACUGAGGAACUCACGACUCGAGGAGUUAAAACACGUAGUGGAUAUUUCUACACAUGUUUGCACCAAAACUUUCAUAUGCAUAAAGGAAAGACCUUUUUAAACAUACAACUGAAACUAAAAUAUAUAUAUAUAUAUUCAUGUGAUUUUAGUGUAAAAAGGGCAAAACUCUUCUGAACUGCGUUUGUUUCUGCAAAUCAUUACAGUUGUGCCAAUCAGGGUUGGGCAAAAUUCUGAAUUUAAGAGUCAUGUGUGUGAAUUUGAAUUGAAUUUGUUACGCCGUACAGGAUGUUGAAUUGGAACGACACCAAGAGUUUAAUGAACUGCAAUUCAAAGAAAUUUGACAAAUUCAAACUAUUAAUACAAUGAUGUCAUUUGUAAUAUGUAUAAAUAUUGACAUCAUAAAUGUUCACUAAAUAUACCCAUGAAGACAUGGAGUAUUUAUUUUCAAAUGGUUUUUAUACAAAUAAAUAUUAACAUAAAAA